AUGGUAAGUGCCCCUGGUACUUCUGAGUUAAAAGGUAUAUCCCUCAGGUGCCUGUUUAUAAGGUGAGUAGUGUCUUUGAUGAUGGUACGUGUCCCAUUUAUCUAUGUUAUAGGAGGAGGUGACAAAUGUGUGUUCCUUAUAUCUGUGUAUUAGAAGGAGGUCAGAGGCAUAUUUCUAUUGUAUCUGUACAGUAUAUUAGAAGGAAUACACACCAGACUGAUGGUCAUCCCUACUCAAGGUUAUGCAGAGUGCUUUCGAAGCACUCUCAUCCCUCCCAACUGUCCCAAUUAUGGUGGGACUGUCCUGAUUUUUGGGUCCUAUCCCACCUUAGUUUCCUGGUGUCCCAUUUGUUGUCCCAGACAAUAAUAGCAUGACUGCAUCACAUUACAUGAGCUUGUGCUAUGUUUAGGGCAGUAGUACCUGCAAGGAGCAAUGAAACCAGUAAUCCUUGCAGGGUCAGCCCUCAGUGGGCCUGCCAAAAUGAUUAAAAAUUAGCCUGGGGGGUAUUCACACCAGGCUGACCUGCCAUUAAUAUGGGUGGACAUGCUCCCUCCUCCCCCACGUGCAGGUCCCCUAUUUUUGUGCAGAGCCAGUUAUGCGAUCUCGUCACUGGCCCUCCCCCUUUACACCUCUCCUACCAGCAUCCCGAUUCUGGGGCUGCCUUUGUUGGGAGGUAUACCCUCUGGAUAUGGGCCUAAUGCCCUCAUAAAGCCUUGACAGUAAUUUGCAUAGUAUCUUUUUUUAGUACUCACACUGCAGACAAAGACAUGAAAAUGUAAUCUCCUACACACAGUUCUGAUGGUCUGCCUCCAGCAACAGGGAUUCCGGGUUUCAUCCCAGGCUGUGCUUUUAAACACUACGUCAUUCAAAUGGCAUGUUCUAAAUGUUAUCUAUUCUUAUUGUGACAAUGAAGUGUUGGUGACUUCAUAAGAAAGCAGUGACAUCCUAGCACUUAUAACAGCCUACUUUCCCUUCGGCUGCUCACUGCUUCCCUAGCUCCCAUCAAACUGCCAACAUCAUCUGCCUAAACUGCAUAUGCUCCACCACACACAGUUAUGCUUUAUUUUGUUGUGCUGCUGGGAGUAGUCGCACACACGACGGGUUCAAUCUGCAUAUCUACAUCAACCAGCCUGCCUGCCUGCCUUUCACGGAAAAUCACAGACCCUCUCAAGAUGUCUGUUACGCCAAUAUUUCAGGCUGUUGGAUCAGACUAGUGACAGUUUGCCCUUAUUACCAGGAUCACACAGGACGCUAACAUCAGUUGAGGGCAAUAAACAACUGUUCUGCAAACACAAGAUUGGAGUAUAUCUUUCAGCCUCUAGAUCAGGGAUAGGAAAGUUGUCCCUGGUGGCACACGCCAAAACAUCUGGAGUGCCAAAGGUUCCCUACCCCUGCUCUAGAUGACUGUUGCUUCAUCGAUUUGGAGUGUGCCACGAGGGACAACUUUCCUGUUUUCCAGGAAGGCAUCCAUCCUUAUAAGGCAGGUGAACAAGGGGAUCACCUGUCCCAAACUGACAUUUGGCUCAAAGUAAAUGUCACAUGCCUAAAUGGUUUAACCACUUAAUGAUCACAAGACGUUCUAAGCCAGUGGUAGUCAACCUUUUUCUUCCUACCGCCCACUAAUGCAUCUUUCUUGAUGGAAAAAUUUCCUUACCGCCCACCAGUUUUCGCGCAAGUGCAGAAUAUUUUUUAGAAAGGAGGGCAUUUAAAAAAAAAAUAAUGUACGUACAUUUAUCUUUUUAUUUCUACUUAAUACAUGUUUAUAAUGUUUUUAACUUUAUAAAGUUUAAUGAGAAAACAAUAAAGUAAAUUGAAAUUACCUUUACUAGUGAUUAAUGACCUUGAGGUUGAUGCUGCGAGACUAAAUAUUUGAUAUCUGGUUCGAUUUUCGUAAGGAACAAACGAAGGUCUCCUCUUUCGGUGAUAUUCAGACGACUUCUCUGUUUGCGCAUAAUAUGAUUUAUCAUCUGUGCGUCAGCUCCCCCCCUCUUCCUCCUCAAUUCCCCUCCCCACCUUUUUUUCCCGUUUUUCUAUUUUUUAACCUUGAUUAUAGCAAUGCCCCGUAGGAAGGCUGAGCUAGGUAGCCCACUUACUAUAGCCCACUAUAACAGACAGGCACACAUACAAGACACACAUACAUACAGACACACAAACAGGCACACAUACACACACACGACACAUACAUACAUACAAACAGACAGGCACACAUACACACACGAUACAUACACAACACACAUACAAAGACAAGACACACAUACACACACACAAGACAUACAUACAAAGACACAUACAUAAGACACAUACAUACAAAGACACACACAAGACAUACAUACAAAGACACAUACAUAAGACACACAUACAUACAAGACAUACAUACAAAGACACACACACACACAAACAAACACACAUUUAUUUAAGUCACCCUCCUGUUUCCUACCUUUAAGGUGCAGGAGGGUGACUUUCCCUGGGAUCCAGUGGUGGCUCAGGUGGAUGGGAGUCAGAGUUCCCACUCUGACUCCCUGGUCUUCCUCCCGCGCGGCUCUCAGUGUUAGCUGGGAGGAGUGACGUGCAGUCACUUCCUCCCAGUGUGUGAUGUAAUCACAGGGGGCCCGUCGCGCUGUUAAAGCGCCCAGCGCUGACCGGGCCCCCUCACAAUCCACAUCCAUCGGGUGGCCCUGACAGCAUGGGCCACUUGAUGGACCCCUUGGAUGGUGGCCCCGGCGGUUUGCCGCCUGGGCCGGGGCCGCAAAUGGUGAUGGUGGUACCCAGUCGCAGGGGUACCACCGGCUCGCACCCGCCUACCCACCUAAUCUCUCCAAAUGAGGAAAUCCCUACUGCCCACCUGGAAUCCUGAAACGCCCACUAGUGGGUGGUAGGGACCAGGUUGAUGACCCAUGGUCUAAGCUGUAAUGCACUGCGGGACUUUAACAACCCUUGACGGCAUAGACUGUUGUGCAGUCAAAAUACCAGCAAGGGUUAAAUCUCUGCUGGAACCAAGGAACCCGAGGUAUCUUUCAAUACCCGAGGAUCCCCUUUGUCAGCUGGGGCCACAAUUAGUGUCCCCACUCCUAACUGAAGAGCUAUGUGCAGCGCUCAAAUUGAAGGAGUAAAGGAGUAUAGGGAGCAAAGUGAUGUCACUCUGUUCUGACACUGGCAACAAAGGGAAUGUGUCUCCAGCAGGGCAAAUCAAAGAAGAGUAACACCCAUAAAGUGGAGCUGGGACGGAAGAAAAGCGUGUAAAUCUUUAUAUUUUACACUGAAUACGCCAUGUAUCUUUGUGAUAUAUACUAUGUUCAACGUAUAUGUGAGCGAUUUCAUGCAAGUUCAUUUUACUUUCUUUUUUAUUUUUAUAACAGGUUCACUUUAAGAACUGCCACUAGCUGCUCUAUUGUUAUAUGGAGGCUACCGAAUUAGAAAUGCCCAAUAGGCGUUCUAAUUUGAAAUAGCAGAAUUAGGAAAAAGGGUUGUAGUAAUCUCAAUCAGGGUUACUCACUACAGUAAGAAUAGUUAGGAUUUGGAAGUACAUUUCAAAUUUAAAAGGACACUCCAGACCCCUAGAGCACUUUAGAAAAGGUUUAUAUAUGAAGAGUGUGUCCUAUUUUUUCACAUUGGAAAAUGUGCAGAAUUCAUAGAAAUUGGCUCUUUUAUAAAUUAUACUAGUUACACCCCUUUGUCUUUUCUAGCAGACGACUGGUCCGGUUACUUCCUGGUUUGGUUAGGUUAUUUGCACUGAACUCUAGAGGCAGCAAUUGCCUAGAGCAUCUGCCUUGGAAAGACUUCUCAGUGAGCUGCACUUGGAAGUCUGUGAUUGGACAGCCACAGAAAGUAUGGACUGGGGAUGAAGGGGAUGGAUUGCAAAGGAAGAAGACAAGAGAAUUGCAGUUUUUAGAUAUAACUCCAAUGGACAAAUGCAUAAUCAAAUGCAUUAAUGUUUUCAUUUGGAGUUUAUCUACUAAACAGUAAUUUGUAUUCAUUUUGCAUUUGGCAGUGGAGUGUCCCCUUAAGGCAAAAAUAGACAAGCUGGAAAAUAUAAUUACCUUAACCCCUUAAGGACCAAACUUCUGGAAUAAAAGGGAAUCAUGACAUGUCACACAUGGUUUUUUUAAAUUUGUUAUUUUGGCCUAAAUUUUCAUUAGUCCUCUGGUGAAGAUAGUUGAAUCUCCAUAUAACAUGGGUGAUUUGGCUGUUCAUAAACAGCAGGAUUGCAGUCUAAAUGGGUUCAUUCGAUUGUUCCAAAUCCCCUGAUAAGGAACAGGGGAUUGCACUUAAUCCUUCCCCAGACCCCUCUUAACCCUAUAAGGUUAACCCAACUCUAAAUCCCCCUAAAGUGACUCUUACAUUAGCUGCAUCUAUUUUAUUUUAUUUUUUUACUUGUAGCAGGGAUUUUCAGUUACCAUUUAGUUGGAAUAUAAUUAUAAUUGCAGUUCGGCAGUUCACUGCAGCAGUGAGAUCCAUUUGAAAAUAUCAGAGCCAUUAUGUUCAAUUGUUAGUGAAUACAGUGAAAACAGAGGAAUUUUAUUAGAAUUUACCAGCUUAAUAGACCCCUUAGUGCUCUCCUAGGGAUGCAGAAUAUUAAGCAUGUACCCUGAUGUAUGCAGUAUGUGCAGAAUAUCACAGGGAGGAAUUCAACCAAUUAAAGGGACAUUUCAGCAAGUAAAGAAUUUUAAACAAACAAAAAACACAAAGCAAAAUAAAGUAAGAAAAACUCUGAAAAGUAUUUAACCCCUUAAGGACAAAUGACAUGUGUGACAUGUCAUGAUUCCCUUUUAUUCCAGAAGUUUGGUCCUUAAGGGGUUAAAGGGACACUAUAGUCACCUGAACAACUACAGCUUAUUGAAUUUGUUCUGGUGAGUAGAAUCAUUCCCUUCAGGCUUUUUGCUGUAAACACUGUCUUUUCAGAGAAAAUGCAGUGUUUACAUUACAGCCUAGUGAUAACUUCACUGGCCACUCCUUAGAUGGCUGUUAGAGAUCCUUCCUGGGUCAUGGCUGCCUAAAAUGCAUCCAAACAUUCAGUAUCUCCUCCCUCUGCAUGCAGACACUGAACUUUCCUCAUAGAGAUUCAUUGAUUCAAUUCAUCUCUAUGAGGAGUUGCUGAUUGGCCAGGGCUGUGUUUGAAUCAUGCUGGCUCUGCCCCUGAUCUGCCUCUUUGUCAGUAUCAGCCAAUCCUAUGGGGAAGCAUUGUGAUUGGAUCAGGCUACCACUUCUGCUGAUGUCAGCAGACUGCUUGGUUGUUUUUUUUUUAGGCAAACAGCAUGCAGAUCUACAGCUUCUGGCUUGAAUACAGUAAGGUUUUGCUAUAUUUAUGGAGGCAUGAGGGGCCCAGGGGGGCUAGAUGGUGGUUUUAACACUAUAGGGUCAGGAAUACAUGUUUGUGUUCCUGGCCCUAUAGUGAUCCUUUUAAUAAACAUUUAUAAACUUAUUAUAAAUUUGAUCAGGUUGCAUUACUGGGCACACCUCUCAACUAGCGUAGUUUUUUUCAGCAUUCCCACCCAGUUCAAUUUCAGAACAGUCCACCAAUGACAGAAACAGGGCAUCGUUGUGCAGCACCAGAAGAUAGAAAUCCAACAAUGGAGCCAUCUCUGCAUGAUUACACUGAUCAGACUCUCUCUUCUUCCCCUGUCAGGAUGUUGCAAGUGAACAGAUCUUUAAACUGCACAAAUGUAAAUCUGUUAGGCAUAUCCAAUGCACUUUUCCAACAUUCCUGGGGAUAGGACACUGAUUGGUUAGAUCAGUGCCCCCCUAAUGUGGUCAUGGAAAACAUAAUAAAGAAGAAGCAGGUAAACAAGAAACAACAACCAGGGUAGUUUUAUCAACCCUACCCUCCUGCUAUACAGACAUUCCUCCUCCUGAUACAGGGCCCUUCAUUAAGAAUUACCUCCUAAAACACAAGGGGCACACUCCUCACCGCCUAAAUGAUCAGAAAAGCAUCAGAAACCAUACUUUGUGCAUACUCUUAAUAUCACCAUAACAAUUCCACUCGCUUCCUCGUAAUACAGAUAUCAACGUCACCUACCUUCAACCAAUCCUCAUUAUGAAGUAAAAAUUGUGGGAAAUUCAAGGUGAAUUUCAAAUUUAAAGAAAACAAAAUAGCAGAAUCAGAAAAAAAUCCCCAAGUAAGCUAUGCUUUCAGUUUGACUUCUUUUGCCUUAAAUUUGAAAUUCCCUUUGAAUUCACCACAAUUCUCCCCUUAGUGAAUAAUCUUAAUAGAUAUCAGGAACACAUACCUCUCAUUUCCUAUGUACAAACACAUAUGGCUUACUUUCUCCUAAUGCACCGUUGCAGGGGCACAUAGCUCUCAUCUCUUUCUAGUUCAUUGGCAUCAAGAACACAAACCUCUCACUUUGAUACUAAGACAUCAGGAUAUUACUGCCUCAUAAUGGACAGCUAUCACAAACAAUACCUUUCACCUAAUGUACAUUUUCCUAAAAUACACACCUCUAACAUAUUUGUAUAUAUUCCUCACUUACUCCUACAACACAGGCAUCAGGAGCACACACUCUCAUAUGCUCCUAAUACACAUACUUCAAGAGCACACACCUCUGAUAGUGAUAUCCUUCUAAUACAGAGGUAUCAUGGCACACACCUCUCAUUUUCUCUUAACACACAGGCAUUAGGAGCACGCACCUCCCAUUUCCAACUAAUAACACAGCCAUCGUGGCACACACCACUCAUUUCCUCCUAAUACACAGGCAUCGGGGGUACGCACUCUCAUUUCAUUUCCUCCUAAUAAGGCAGACAUCAUGACACACACCUCUCAUUCCCUUCUUAUACCCAGCCAUCAGGGGCACACACCUCUCAUUCCCUCCUAAUACCCAGCCAUCAGGGGCAAACACCUCUCACUGUCUCCUAAUACACAGGCAUCAGGGGCACAUACCUAUAAACCAAAUUUUUCUUAAAGGGCCACUCCACACCCCAAAAGUAAAUCAGCUUGUUGAAAUGCUUUAUAUGUGAUUAGUAUCCUAUUUUAAGACCAGUUUAUAAGAGAGACAAUUUCUUUGAGAAACCACUUUUAUAAAUACAUUAUGUAACGGUCAUGGAGGUUUGCAGCCUCCUUCUGUUAUUUUCCCUGAGUUAAUGAAAGUGGCAGUAGGGCACACCUUCGUCCUCCCACACAGAGCUCAGAUCCACUCACCCAGCUAUUCCAGACCUCAGAUCAGGUGUGUGCUGUGCAUGACUGGCACGACCCCACCAUCUCAAGGAGUCUCUUCUGGGUGGAAAUAUUGCUAAGACUGAAGUUUAUAAGAACUGCAGCUUUUACAAGCUAUUUUAAGAUAUAUACCACCAAUGAAUGUAUUCAUUGGGGAUUUAUCUACUAAACUGUUUUUUUAAACGGUUUGCUCAUUUGGCCAUGGCAUGUUCCUUUAAUACAAACACCAUGGACUCGCAUUGCUUACUUCUGUCUAGUACACCGGUAUCCAGCAUUAACCCCUCUUCUGCCUAAUACAGUAUAUGAUUAUCCCAUUGUACAGCGCUAUGGAAUUUGAUGGCGCUAUAUAAAUAAUAAAAUAAUAAUAAUUCAGGAUGAACAUUGUUGGGAAUUCAAAGUGAAUUUUAAAUUUAAAUGAAAACCGUUUCAAUUAAGCUAUGCUUCCAGUUUGGCUAUUUUGACCUUACAUUUAUAUUCAAUUGGAAUUCCAGACAAUUCUCUCUUCAGUAAAUAACCCUAAACCUCUCACCUCCUAGAAAACCCAGACAUCAGGGAUAACACUUACCUCCUCCUAAUAGAUCCCACUUGUGUUAUCCUAUUACACACCUGUCCCUAACCUUAUUCCAAUACACCAAUUAUAGUAAAAACAACUAAAUACGCAGUAAGAAUUUUACUCUAUGUGGAAUGCCAGGCAUUGUUGCCUUUAAAAAAAAAAAAAAAAAAGAAAAACAAGUGCACCUUUGGUGAAGAAUUUACUGACAUUAGGAAUGACAAUGUGUCAUCUAGACUCAGCCAGGACAGGUAGAGUUUGUACCCUCCCUCUCUGAUCUUAGUCACUGGUGGGCAGCCCAAACAGCUUGGUGACUGUCUCUGUACAAACCAGUCUGACAAGUCCUGAAUGUUUGGGGCAACAAACAGAAACCAAGGGCAUGUAUAGUGGAAGAGAGAGGAGCCAAGGGGGUGUGGAAAGACAGGCGUGAUUGGAAUGAAUUGGUGAAUGCUGGAGCAAUAUGAAAUUAAAGACUGUGUAAAGAUUGUAUACAGUUCUAUGCAGACAGCACUGGUGCAGAAGGUGAGUGUGUGGCUAUUACUAUGGAUUUAUAGAUUCAUAGUAUUUGCAAUAUUAUAUGCCUGUAGGUACAUUUGCUCAUCUUCUUUGACACAAGUUUUGGAGAAAGUGUAUGUACAUAGUUUGGAUGGUUUACAGUCCUUUCUCUGAACCUGUUUAAUGGGCAGAUUCUUCACGGACUAAAACUGACCCAUAAAUAAUAGAUACUGAUUUUAUGACAAUUUAACCACAAAGCGGAUCCUGAGUUAAAAACUUCAGUACCUAACAAGCACUACAGUUAUUGGGAAUGUCUACGAGGGCAUGCACACAAUUUUUGUUAUAACCUAGAUUGGUUAAUUUUGAAGGGUUAUUCACAAAAGUGAGAAUUCAAGAUGAAUUUGAAAUUCAAGGUAUAAAUAGUGGGACUGGAAUCAUUCUCUAAGUCAGCUAUGCUUCUAAUUUGCCUGUUUUGGCCGGAAAUGUGAAAUUCAGAUUGAAUCCUCAUUUUAGUGAAUAAUCUUAUUGGAGUAAAUCCAUUUAGAAAGGUAAUUGGUCGUUAUUUAAUUGGGGCCAUUCAAUCUGAUUAUAAAAUACUUACUGAAAAACUGCAUUGAAUUAGUGCACCCUGCAACCUGCAUAUUUUAAAAUAUGUCUAUAAUGCUUAAUUAAUAUUCUGCAAAAAAAAUAAAUUAAAAUGAAUUAAGGAUUUAUUCCCUAAACUGCAAACUGUGAAAGAGAGUAUUCACUUAAGUGAGAAUUCUUCUAAUUUGGCUAUAUUGACCUUGUGUUUAAAAUUCUAUUUGAAUUCUCACAUUAGUGACUGCCCCUGAAAUGUUUAGGACAAAAUAGUUGAACUGUAAAAUUAGCUCAGUUGGAGAUAUUUUCCAGAUAAACUAUUUUGGGCUGAAAUGUGCAUUUCCAUUUCCAACUUAGAUUUUGCAAAUUUUUCCAAUUUGACUAUAUUGCAAUAUUUUUGUGCUAAAGUUUUAAAGGGACACUCCGGCACUAUCACAACUUUAUUGGAAUUAAGUUGUCAUGGUGCCAGGAGGUUGCUGGUGCAGGACUUAACUUUAGGGAUUAAACGAUUCACAAAUGGUUUAACCCCAAAUUCCCUGAUCCAGUGCUCGAUCGCUCUGACCCCUUUUCUUCCGCUGCUCAGAAUCUUUCAAAAAACGACUUGAGAAAAAUCCGUACAUUUCUCAAAACUUUUUGUGAAUAGGGUGCUGCUGAUUCUUAUCAGUGUAAGGAAAAGGGGUAGAGCGAUUGGGAUCUGCAUACUAAACUUUGCGGUUAAGCCGUACAUCCCUAAAGGAAAGUCUAUGCCAGGGACCUCCAGGUUCACACUUCAAUGAGUAACCGUGUUAGUGUUUCCUAUUUUGGUGGGCUUAUUUAGGCUGACUUUAGAGAGCAGUAUUAAGUAUUACAUUAUCCACCAUAUUAAAAAGUGUCACUAAUACCUUAAUAUAAAUUACUUUCAUUAUAACCGAACGUAGUAACAUUAUGAUGUGCAUGUAGAUGUUUGAGAAGUUGUUUAAAAGAACAUUCAAAGCACUAUAACUACCAAAGUGCUCUGUAGUGGUUAUGAUGUCAAGAGUGACCCGGUGCCCUCACUGGCUAAGUAAUCAAACUGUAUGCUAAUGAUUUGACAACUUACCUGGGAUCCACUGGUCACCUUCUCUAGGAGAGCCAGAAGCUCUGUACUCUGAGUUAGGCCAGUAACAAGGCUACAAACCUGCAGUUCAGGGGAGCUAAUGGAAGCUCCACAUAGGAGCUUCCGACUCUCCAGAAGGCUGUGAUUGGCAAAACUGUUUGAUUACUUACCUUGGGAGGGCACCGGGACACUCCAAGCAACAUAAUCCACAUAGCACACUGCAGUUGUUAUGGUUCUUUGACUGUUCCUUUUAAAGUUUGUUUUAGUUUUGCAAAGUGUCCCUACUUAGGAGGAACAUUUUGGGCCCCAACCCUUAUAUCUUUCUUUUCCAUCCUAAUGUCCCUGUUUUUUAGGAAAGUAGAACUCGUGGUGUGUCUAAAUGUAUAAUAGAGCAACCGGACGACAACAAAACUCCCAGUAAUGUGUCUUUACAUUACAAUAAAUGUGUUUAGAAAUCAGUUUGUGGAAAUGCCCCCCAAAUGUUCACUUUAGUUAAUAAUAACCCUGUAAAAUUCAAAGAUUGAUCAGUCACUGCUGUAAAAUGCAACCUAUCUAAAAGCAGCAUAUGUAAAACACGCACGUACUAGUUUUCAGAUAUGUUGAAAAUGUGCUAUUGUGUAUAUCAGUACUAUCUCUUUAAAUGACAAAUAUGAGGGACAGUCACAAAGCCUCAGCAUGAAUCUAACUAUAUUUUGUUAUAUUUUACAUGCAUUCCAUUCCACACACACUUUGCCCCAGUCUCUGUGCAGGUGCAUGUAGAACUAGUUUGAGUGCAAUACUUCCAUAUUACUCUUUAACAGACCCAUCCCCAGCUGGUUACAUAUUAACUCAUAAAAUAUUCCUCGGGAUUUAAAUUUGUUCAGGACAUGACAUUGAAUCACAAACAGUCUAUUCAGGUCAUACAGCAAUAUUAGACUAGUGUUUGGGAACUUUUAACAUAUGUACUUUCUGGGCUUGUGGAGAGACUUGAUCUUCAUAAACUUAGCCUAGCAUUAACCUUUUGCAUGCCAGAACGGAUUAACUGCAUACAGCAUCCCAGAAGGUAAGGACUGUAUAGCUCAAUAGGAGAUCUACCACCAGGCUGGCUUAUUUGCACUUAUUUGCAGGCUCAUACACCCCAACCUUCUAUGCCGUACACAUGAAUAUAACUAAAUCCUAGUUCCAGUAUAUCUGAGGAUGUAGUAGGCUUCUACUAAUACACUCUACAGCAACCCCCCCCUCCCCCCCCCAAAAAAAACCUGCACAUUUCUAUACAUUUUUAAUUUUAAAACACAAAUAAUUCAUAUAUUUCAUCUAUACUUACAUAAGAAUAACACAAGCUACAUGCAUUUUUAUAUCCAGCAGCAUAUGCACCAGAAACAUGCUAUACUAAGUGCACAUAUCUGCAAUGUAAUAGCAUUGAUGACCAAUCUGCUACUCUCUAGCUGCUAAAAAUGAACUUCAUCAAGCUAAGGCCGGCUAAGGGUAAUGGUAGCUGUAAGGCAGUAAAAAGGUGUGUGUGUGUGUGUGUGUACACCGUGCAUAUGCUAUAUAUAUAUAAUGCCAAAAUACCAGAGUAUUGCAGUAUGCAAUGAUACCUUUUUUACUAGACUAACAUAAUAUUUCAAAGACACGCUUUCGAGAGUUUUCCUCUCUUUUUCGGGUCUGAAGCAAUCCUGAUCUACUGGACUAAUACUGCUAAUCCAAUCUACACUAUAUAUAUAUUGUAUAUGCAUGGUGUAUAGAGCCCAUCCCAGUGCCUUGUAGAACCAUCUAAUAUAUUUUUACCACUGAGUGUUAUCUCAGGGGAGUGUGACAUUAUUCUGCAUUCACUCACUGCUUAUCAGACAGCUGUGCCAUGUUUAAGUGUUGUGCAGUUAUCACUUGCCACUUAGCUUAUUGAAGGGUCACGAGGCUCUGAUAUCUGCCACCUGACCAACUCUGUAGAAAAUAUUGGAGGAGAAAGAAGAGUAAACAGAGAGAGAUUGUUGUGUAGUUAUUAGGAUAUUGGAAGAUCCAGCACCAUGUGUGUUAACUUACAGUAAAGAAUUGUUUGCCCAGCAGGAGUCUGUGCUUAGUGAUACAUGUAUGUGCUACCUCUGUCUCCAGAGAAUCAAGAGAUGCUCGUGAGAGAAAGGAGCUGAUUAGCAGAGGUGCAAGGUCUAAACCCCAGUCCAAAACCAUGCUGACCUGGAAGCUACCCCGAUUGGUGACCGUUCAACAAGUGCCCAAAGUAAGUGUCACUAUGUCCUGGGACAACAAGGAUAUCCAUCAUCUACUAUUAACCAGCCGCUCACACAUGUCUUCGAUUUUAUUUUCAGGUGUUUCAUGAAGACAGUAUUAUAUGUGGCUACCGCUCCCCUCAGAGCUCAGCCACUGCCUGUAUCCUGAGUCUCUUCCAAAUGACUAAUGAGACCGUCAAUAUCUGGACACAUUUCAUACCUACCUGGUGAGACGUGGCUACUUGCCUCUUCUUUGUAACUUGUUUUAUAUGCAGUGAACUUUUUUAUAUUUUUUUUUUUUAUUGCUUUUUGAGUGUUUUACCAGAAUGAAUAUAUUGAAAUUACAGAAAAUUAUCUUUAGAGUGUGUCUCAGUAUACAGACAACAAAAAGCCACAUAUAUAAAGGUGUGAUUUGUAUAAAACAUUUAAGCUAUAACAUUAGCUAUGGUUCCAUUGUGAUGUAAGGUCCAUUUCACAAAAUGUCUUGAGGUAUGAUUGGUUCCAGCUCCUGGAUAAUAUAUUCUCUCCCAUGCAGCUAAUAAAAGUGGAGACUAGCUUCCUCAGUUUGAUUCCAUGCCCUUCAUUACAAUUCCCCAUCUCUCUGCAGGUACUUCCUAUGGAAGAUGUUGUCCAUGCUGUUCUGUCAUGAGUCUUUGCAUGACCCAUUCUUGUGGCCCCUACUUGUCUUCAUGUUGUCCUGCUGCAUUUACCCUUUGGCAUCCACCUGUGCUCACACCUUCAGUAUCAUGUCCACCCAAGCCCGUCACAUAUGCUUCUUCUUUGACUACGGAGCUCUCAGUCUGUACAGUUUGGGUAGGUGCCAAUCAAUUCGCUACAAGUACUCAAAAUAAAUAUAUCAAUAAGCUAAAGCUCCUGCCAAAGAUGUUAACAUUAUCAGGGGAGCAACACUCUUUAACUUCUACAAUUUCUUUUUAAUUUAAUUUUGUGCAAUCCUAUGUCUAUAGCGUAACAUAUAAAACAGAAUGUGCAUAUCCGUGAUAGUUUGGACACUUGCCAUACGUUAACUCUCGAGUAUCACAAGACUGUGUGACUCCUUGUUGAUAAAUACUAAUGUUUACAACUAAUGUCUCGUUUUUCUAGAGUAUUUGCAUACAUUGAUAGAUUGCUGGGUCUCCCAGCGAUACAAAAGUCAGUGUUUAGUAGGUAUAAACACUGUUCUGGAGGGUUUGAGGGUCCACCGGGAGCUUUACCAUUGGUUAUACAUCACAGUAAUCCAGUAAAUUAUGGGAAAGGUUACCGCCCUUAGAAACAAUUAGGACUGUUCAGAAUAAUUAAAAUCUCAGCCCUGGAAUACACAAUGAUUACAUGCAAUAGUCAGUAAUAUUAGGUAAUUAAUUAGGAAUUCUGACCUGGAAAAAUUCUUCCGAAUGGGUCCCCCCCACCCUUUCCAAUGACACACCUAUAUAGACAUGCACAGAUAGACCUAUGCACACACACACAGAUGCACUCCAAGUCACAUAGCUACAAAUACAGACAUAUGCACGCAGACCGAUAUACACACUGUCACAAAUACAAACACACACAGAUACACAUACAGACAUACGCAUAUCGACAGAUGCACAUACAGACAUAUGUGCUCUUACACUCAGAUACACACAUACACUCUAAUAGGUACGCACACUGUCACAGAUACACACAAAUAAAGAUAUCACAUUUUUUAGCAACUCUUUUUGGGUACAGUAUCCCCAUAAAUGUAUAGUUCCCCAUGAGUAACAUAAACAUUUUAUGCAUCCCUGGAUAGUCCGACAUAUCCCUACAGGAUUGAGCUAGUCCUCAAGCAUAACUGUUCCAAUAAGUGUCUUGAUCAGAGGCGCCCAACCCGAGUAAUUAUUGUGUAAAGUUAGACUGAGCUGCAGCUAACCCCUGAUUCAAUGCAGAGUUCCAGGCUGUUUUGUCCCGAUCUCCAAUAAUGGCUUCCCGAAGCCCCAUAGAAAGAAACUCCCACAAGUCCUUGGUGUUGACGGACGUCUCAUCACCUCCCUGAUCUCCCCUCCAAAAAGCGCUCUGUAUGGAGGUCAGUGGACCAAGUGAUACCUGGUAGACUUUCCACCAGAUCGGGGCACAGUUCCAAUCUGGUGAGUGAUUCAGGGUAUGUCCCAGUCAAGAGCCUGGUGCUGAGGCAGUCUCCAAAAUCCUUAAGACCAAAAGAAUCGCACUUUUAGACUUAUAACUGUGUGGACAGGUAUUGGGUGAAUUCCUGUUUUUGUCCAGUAUUCUGAGCGACCCACUGGAAGUCAGACUCCCUCAACCCUGCGUGUUGCACAAGGCAUACCGGAUUUUUAUAUCCAAAAUCCUUAAAGCUGGAUCAGCUUCAUGGGUGUCCUGCAGAGUGAUGGAACAGAAAGGAAAGGCAGCAAGGUGACUUUAGCUGUGUUGGGUGAGGAUUUCCUUGAGUCUUGCACCAGUUGUCCGUUCAGACCAGGUUACAUCACAAAACCUGCUAUGGGAAAAGUGGUGGUGUUAAUGUAUUAAACAGGAACAUUAUAUGACCAAUAUUAUAUAUUAUAUGAGGGUGUUUUUAAUUUGGCAUUUUAGUAUUUUAAGGAAUUGCAGGUAAAGAUUAUCUUCUGUCUUAGAUAUUUUACUAAUAUGUGAGGGGUUUUAGUCAGUAUCAAUAUGAGGAAGCUUCUAAUUUUUCAGUUUCGUUUUUUCUUCUUUAAUGCAAAUAAAAGUCAAAUAAAACAGAUAAUAUUGUGCCAGUAACAUAGAUGGGAGUAAAGGAACAUUUAUACUUUGUAUUACAAUAUACAAUAGCAUACUACAAUAAAUGCAAAAUAGAAAGAUGGCAACUGAUGUGUACGUGUGAUAUGAUACAUGUUAAAUGUUUUUGUGGACCCAGAGAAAUCUCAAUGUAUCUUUCCUGGUAAAAUAUUUUAUAAAUAAAGACAAUGGAAAAGUCGAAAUCAUUUUAGUGUAGUAAUUCCUGUUGUCCUCUAGUGCUUUGUAGUGGUUAUGGUGCUUGGAGUGUUCCAUUUAAUAUACUCAUGUAAUUAGGCCAAUACAAAACUUUCAGCUCUAGGCCCAUGAGGCCCUUAAUCUGGCCCUGUAUCCAACAAUAUUAAAUCAAGGCCUAUGUUGGAUGUCACCCUGUAUAAUACACAGUUCAUGCAACUCAAAAACCUACAAUAAUACAUCAAAUUAGAGGACAGCACUUGGUAAACUAUGGUUUGAGUUAAACACAAAAAGCUAUGAUUUGUUUUAUAAGAAGCUACCCAGCUCUGUGAAAGGCAUCAAACUAAGCUUUUAAAAUGAUUUAAUAUUAUGAAAGAUUUAAAUUUCUGAAUAUUUUUAUAUUUUAUUAUGCUGAAAAAAAUCAUUUAAGAAACGUGCAUUUUAAAAUAUUUUUGAAAAGCUCAUCUAAACUAUUUAAACUAAGGCCUUUAGUUUGACAUAUUGCAGGUAAUCAUAAGGAUUUGGAUCAGUUAUUUAUUUUUGAAUUAGUUUUGGUGCCUGUCCAGGUACAGCCCAGUCUUCUUAGUUAAUUGUAGAAAGUAGAUGGGCGGUUGCCUUUUUUAUAUUGUUCUACGUUAUAUAAUCAUGCAAUUAUAUAACUUAUUAUGUUACUCUGCUUGUGUAACAAUGUUGAGCGAGCAGUACUUAUAUGUAAGAAAACUAUUUAGUAUUUCCAUGUUUCAUUGGCACCCAAUGUAAGGUGAAAACCCAAGUUUCUCCCUAUUUGGAGUGUGUGACGGUUGUUUUGUGUAUUUAGCAAUGAUGUUGCAGUACUCUGACCCAUUGUUCUUCCCUUUUAAAAAAAAAACACUAAACAAAACGGUGACUAUGUAUGCAGGCAUUCUUUUCAUGAACCCACAAACAAAGACAGUUUUGAGGUGUGGAUAACUUACAAUACAAGGGACUUUCAAACUAUUCCCACACGUACCCCACCCCUCCCCACAGAUAUGUUGUUCUACUGGAAGGAGUUGUGCUUUAGACCUCAUUUAUAUUUUUUGAAGCAUGAAGUCAUGUUUUAGGUUUAGGCACCAAAUUAUGAGUGCAUGUAGGGUGUUAUUAAAUGUGUACUAACUGAAUGAAUCUCCAACAUGUUUUCACAUAACAACAUUAUAUUGGCCAAUCGUCCUAAAAUGCUAAGGAAAGGCAUACUAUGUCUGCUUACUUGUUACAACUCCUUUAUGUUAUUAUAUUCUCAGAUAAUUGCCAUUUUGAAGGGGCCUGGAACCCCAACACUAUGACCCUGCCUGUUUCACAUACUGGUGUUGCUGGCAGUAUACUUGUCCUUCUCUACCUAAUGUCCAGCAUAAUUUAUGUGUGCCGUUAUUGAUUUGUAAAUAUGUAGAUCAGCAACCAGGAAGAAUUUGGACCUAUGUUUCGGCCCAGCUACGUGAGUGUCCAGAGAAGUUUCGAGCAUUACAUACGCUUGACAUGUAGUGUAUCACAUUGCUUACCUGGGUAUUGGUAUGUUGGUUUUAUUUCUGUGUUCACUGUAGUGUAGCAUACUUUGGUGUCCUCUGCUUAUGUUUUUAAACAGUCGUUCUGAUUCUUGGCUAUUGAUGGCAUCUUUGGGUGUUGUUCCAUUUACUGAUUUCAUAAGAUAAUGAGUAUUCAAAGAAGAUUUAUUAAGGUUGCACUGCCUGUAAAAUGUAAAACAUAACAAAACCUAAAACUCUAUAUGUAUAGAUCAGAUAUGAGGGUAUCUUGUUUUUUUGUUUUUGUUUUUUUAGCAAUAUAAACCGCUGUGCUCAGGACGAUAUUGUGUAAUUUAUCAAUACAGAAGUGUUAGAAUUAUGUUCACUAUAUCACUAUAUAUCUAACACCCCUGCUCUUGUUGUCAGCAGUUUUGAAAAGCUGCGAGAAGGUAAAUAAAACCUUGGAGAAUAAAUGGUUAAAAUGUACACCAUGAAUUCAUGUUUAAAUUAUGUUUGGUUUUUGUUUUUUUAUUCAAUCUACACUCAAUGCUGCAUAAUGACAAAGCAAAAAACAGAUUUAUGAAAACUUUGCAAAUUUAUUAACCCCUUAAAGACACAACUUGUGGAAUAAAAGGGAAUCAUGACGUAAUAUUUCCGUCAUGUGUCCUUAAGGGGUUAAGGGCCGGCCUGUUUUUGCAAUGUUGUACGUUAAGGACCAGAGCAGUUUUGACACUUUUGUGGUGUUUGUGUUUAGCUGUAAUUUUCCUCUCUCUCAUUUACAGUUCCCAUACAAGUUAUAUAUUGGGGGGGGGGGUUUAGGACAAAAAGGGCUUUCUUUACAUACCAUUAUUUGUAUCAUGUCAUAUAUUUUAUUUAAAAAAAAAAAUGGUGAAAAAUUAAAAAAAAAAAUAUGUUUUUGGACUUUUACUUGAAAAAUAUUUUACUUCUCUACAAAAGCUAAUGAAAAAAAACUGCUAAAUAGAUUCAAAAUUUUGUCCCAAGUUUAAAAACACCCAGCGUUUACAUGCUUUAUUCCUUUUUUUUUUGCAAGUUAUAGGCCUAUAAAUACAAGUAGGAAAUUGCUGUUUCAAUAUAAAUAUAUAUAUAUAUAUGUGUUUUAAAUGUAUCAAUAGUGACAUUGUAACACCGUUAUCUGUCAGAAAUCCCCAAAUCACACCUCACAUGUACAUAUGGGGUAUGCCCAGUCUUUUUUAGUAGCCACCUAGUCACAAACACUGGCCAAAGUUAGCAUUUAUAUUUGUUUGUGUGUUUUAAAAAUGCAAAAAAACGCUAACUUUGGCCAGUGUUUGUGACUAAUUGGCUACUAAAAAAGGCUGAACAUACCCCAUUUGCAAUACCUUGGGUUGUCUUCUUUUGCAAAUGGUAUGCCAUCAUGGGGGUAAUUCUCAUUCCUGGGCUACCAUACGCUCUCAAAGGCAACCUAACCAAUCUGACAAAUUUCAAUAAAAAAAAAAAGUAAAAUCAAGCCUUAUAUUUGACCCUGUAACUUUCACAAACACUAUAAAACCUCUACAUGUGGGGUACUGUUAUACUCAGGAGACUUCGCUAAAUACAAAUAUUAGUGUAUCAGAACAGUAAAAUAUAUCACAGCAAUAAUAUCAUCAGUGAAAGUGCCGUUUGUGUGUGAAAAAUGCAAAAAACUUCACUUUCACUGACAAUAUCAUCACUGUGAUAUGUUUUACUGUUUUGAAACACUAAUAUUUGUGUUCAGCGAAGUCUCCCGAGUAAAACAGUACCCCCAUGUACAGGUUUUAGGGUGUCAUAGAAAGUUACAGGGUUAAACACAGUGCUAGCAAAUUAAAUUCUCUGGACUUUUGGCCUGGGUUGUCAGGCAUGUCCAUCAAAUUGCAAUCAUUAAAAUUACUCAAUUAGUUAAAAAUAUUACAAAAAUAUGCACGUAGAAUUUUAAUAUGUAUAAAUAUUUAUAUAUUUGACAUCUACGUGUAUAUUUAUGAAAUUAUUUAUGUAAUUAUGUAUAUGGACAUAUGUAUAUUUCGUAUUAUAUUUAUUUAUUUAUACAUAGAUAUAUAUAUAUAUAUAUAUAUAUAUAUAUAUAUAUAUAUAUAUAUAUAUAUAUAUAUAUAUAUAUAUAUAUAUAUAUAUAUAUAUAUAUAUGUGUUGUAAAGGAUCCCUACAUACGUGCAGCGAUGAUCCUUGCAGCUUCUCCCGAAAUCCCGCUGAAACCGAGUGAUUAUAGCUUCCAAUUCCCCAAACAUGAGUCGAGACUUCAUGAAGGGGUAAAACGAUCUGAUUUACUGUGGGCUACCCGCCCGGUAUUUAUGCAGGUCUCCCACCUGGUGAACACUCCCCUAGGGGACCAGAUGGAAGACUGGGACAAAAGUAUCACAGUAGCCAAUCACAGUGGCUAUAGCAUAAGCACUCCCCUUUUACAUAAAUCACUCCCUCUUUUCCAUCCUGGAGAUAAUUAACUUAAGGUAGCAAUGAGAGCCUUAAUAAUCUCCAGGAAGAAAGAAGCAUGGCUUUUCUUAUUUAGCAAACAGAAUAAAAAUAUAUAACUUUCUUUUUACACAACAUAAACUUUAAGUUCCACAUAUCCCCAGAUAGCUUGGAUCUGAGUGCAUAUUCUAGGCGAAUAGCGCUCAGAUCCCACGAACACAGUUCUCAGAAUCGUCGACUGAAGUUUGACUUUCACCGGCCGUUCGUGUGUUUGUAGCCGACUGCAAGUUCCAUACUGUAGCUAUCUGGGGUCGGUCACUUUCGCAUACUUUCAGCGCACGAAUGAAGUAGUAUCCCCUUCAUUCGUGUGUUUUUCCACCGUAUGAACGAGGAUGGGAGAAGGUAGCAGCGGUGUUCAACAAAAUAAGUAGCCGAAAUCAGUUCCAGGGAAUCCUCGCCAUUUACCGCUGCGCGUUCGACAAUACAAAAUGGCGGUUGCCACGUGUUCGGUAAACGAACGCGGACCACCAGCUAUUCCCCAAUUAGUCUGUGGUUAACCGCAACAGUCAGGGUGGUCAAUAGGCGCCACACGACCUCAGUGGGAGGUCGGUGGUUCGGUAGUUCAUUCGCUUUUAUUGCUAUUUCCACGAAAUCCCGCUGUAAUCCUCCAAAUAAGGCUUGUUCGUAUGGUCUGUAAAUAGGGGAUUUCGUUACACACACACACAUAUAUAUAUAUAUAUAAAAAAAAUUAUUUUUACUUUUUUAUUAACAUAUUUAUAUUUUAUUAUAUAUAUAAUUAUAUAUAUUGUGUAUUAUAGGUGUGUAAUUUAAUUAUACGUGUAUUUUUAUAUUAAUAUAUGUAUAUAUAAAAAUACACUUAGUAUGACAUAUAUGAUAUAUACAUAUAUUAUAUAUAGAUAUAAUACGUGUGUGUAUGUGUGUGUGUAUAUAUAUAUAUAUAUAUAUAUAAUUUAAUUUUUUUUUUACACCGAUUGCUAUUUUUUUAACUUUAUUUUAUGAUUUUCAGUUGCAGGGAGACUGCCUGUCAGCACAGACAGUCCCCCUGCAGGCAGAUACACAGGCACCUAUUGCGGUCAUGUGAUCAAGCGAUCACGUGACCGUGGGGUCCUGAUCUGCUGCAGGGAAACUGCCUGGGCAGACAGGCAGUCCCCCUGGACCGGGAGGGGCGCUGAUCGCCACCGGGGGACCGAUGGUGAUCCGGUAAGUACCCCCAGACCGUUAUGACGGUUCAGGACCGUCAUCGGUGCUCAAGGGGAUGUUUCCGAUGACGGUCCUGAACCGUCAUCGGUCGUCAAGGGGUUAAAAAGAAAAAAACCUGAUAGUCACUCUUGAUGAGCUCCAGAGAUCAUGUGUGUAGAUGGGAGACGACCAUCAUGGCGACACUGCAAGACAUAUGAAAGCCUGCUUGCAGUUUGCAAAAAAGCCCCUUAAGAACUCAAAAACAAGAUUAUCUGGUGAAACAAAGAUUGAACUGUUUUGUCCUCAAUUCAAAAUGUCAUGUAAGGAGGAUACUGGGCACCGCUCAUCACCUGUGUUCCACCAUUGUGGUAUUAUCAUGCACUGAAGGCGUUUUUCAGCAGCAGGAAAUUGGAGACUGGUCAGGUUUGAGGAAAAGCUGAACACAGAAAAAUACAAAGAUAUAUCACCAGUAAGAAUCUGGUCCAGCGUGCUCCGGAUCUUAGGCUGGGCCAAAGGUUCAUCUUCCAACAAUACAAUGAUCCUAAGCACAGCUAAAACAACGCAAGAGUGGCUUACAGAGAAAUCUGUGCUCCGAAAUAAGCGCCAAUUUGGAAUAUCAGGGCCAGAGAAUAUGAUUGUGCAGUGCAGGAUCUUGCCAUAUCACAACCCAAGACUAAAAAGAGCAGUGCUUGGUAGACAUGUGCAAUUAGUUUCGGGACAAAUUUCUGCUAUUUGGACAUUCGGAUUUAGGAAUUAGGGUUAGAAGUUAGGGGUAGGGUUAGGGGUAGGAUUAGGGUUAGGGGUUGGUGUAGGGUUAGGGAACUGCUGAAGUCCCGAAUUGCUGAAGUCCUGAAUUUCGGAAGCCCGAAACUAAUUUUUUUUUGCCCGUGCACAUCCCUAGCGCUCGGGCUCAGAAAUGUAAUUUCUUCAAUCAAAAACCGGCACAGAAUACUCUGAGGUCCGCAGGGCAAGGUGGCAGCGGGGAAUCAGGGACUGGUAAGAUGAAUUGUGCUAAGCACACAAUGAGGUAGUUAACAAGUUGACCACCACAGAAGCUAAUCCUAAACGAAUUUGGUUGAACACUGGCAGAUGCUGAAGACAGAUUUUGCAUAUCAGAUGGGUGCCCAAGACUGUCACAGCUGAAGAUCUGCUGGAAUACCUAUGCACCCUGUUCCAUUCGAUAAUGCCCAUAUCUCCUGAGUUGGGCUGGCUUCUUGAUUGAGCGCUGCGGAACCUCUCAGCAGAUUUACCACACAAUUUUGACGCCUCCGUUACUAUAGGGUCAAAGAGACCUUAAUGUCCGCUGCAAGGAAAGCACCCAACCUACAUUACCCAUUCCAAGACCUUGCCCUGCAUGCUUUCCUAUCCACAGCCACAAUGGCAUUAAGAAAAGAAUACAUAAACAUCACCAAGGUUCUCUACAACCACCAAAUCAACUAUUUAUUUAUAAAAUAUUUUACCAGGAUGGAUACAUUGAGAUUUCUCUAGUUUUCAAGUCAUGUCUUGUGUCCACAAAACAUUGCAUUGAUACAAUAGGAUAUAAUAUUACAAAAAUACAAUAUACAUAUAUAUAUAAAAAUUUAAUACAUAACUGGCAAUAAAUAUAUUCAACCAUGACACAUGCAUACUGUGCUGAGGUAUAUAGGUAUAUUGCCAUAGAUCUCUUAAAAUAUAUUAGAUUGAAUGAAGAUUUGACUGUGUCCCUGAGGUUAUUCCAUAAUUGCGGUGCUCUGUAGGAAAAGGACUUUAUUUUUGUAUUGCUCCAUGCUUAAUAUCGUGCUAGUACUAGAUCAGAGGUUAUAGGAGGUGGGAACAGCUGAGAAGAGCAUUCUACUCAGGUAGGGUGGGAGCUUCCCAGAAAAGCUCUUAUGCACAAGGCUGGAAAGAUGAAGAGUGCGUCGGGAUUCCAGCGACAGCCAGUUUAGCUCUUUUAACAUGUCACAAUGGUGGGUAAAGUAAUUACAUUCUAGUAGAAAGUGGCAGAACGAAUUAUCGAACGUAUUAAGUUUAUUAAGGUGGGUUUGUGGUGUGGGUGCAUACACUACAUCCCCAUAAUCGAUGACCGACAUUAGCAUUUGUUGCAAUCUGUUUCCUUACUGUAGGGCUUAGGCAUGAUUGUUUCUGUACAGGGCACCUAGUUUUGGAUAAAGUUUUGAAGAUAUUAUUUCAAUGUGAAGGCCAAAGGAUAGAUUGGGGUCUAGCAACAUACCUAGAUAGAGCAGAUUACUGUCAGUGUACUAUUUGAAUUUGUUCUGAUACACAAUUGAUGAUUUUGUAGUUUACGUAAUUUAGGUACAGUUCCAAAGAUCACUGUAACUAUAAAUUGGCUAUUCAAUAAAACAUCUGGUAUGGCUCACUUUGAACAGUUGCAACCCCUGUGGAUGGUCUGCACUUGCUGAAAUUAUGGAAUCUACUAGCAGAAGAGCAUUUAGAAGCCUCUGUGCUUCCCAAGGUGCAAUCCAACUGGAAAAAAGCUGGUAAAACCACAUGAAUGCAUAGGCCAAUGGAAAUUAACUUUUUUUUUUUUUUUUGCAUCAGCAUACAGACAAAGGUGUGCUUACUGUUUUUCUUUGUUUUGCAUUAACCAUUUCUGACAUAGGAAUGUGUUUAGACUAGCUUAAUUAUCUGCUAAGUUGACGAGGUUCUCAUAGUUCUCAUACUGUAUAGUUAAUGAGAACACUGCAUAAAUUAAAAAAAAAAAAAUUAAAAGACUAGUAUUUCGGCUGCACAAAAAUAAUGAGACACAGACCUGAUAAGGCAUCAGAGGCAAACACUGGCGAUUAGAGAGACCAGCGAUUUAGUGUAUGCAAGUGAGCAGAGGGAAUACGGCUAGUGUGUGUGUGUGUGGGGGGGGAAUUAGAGAGACGGCGCUUUUCUCUUACGGUCCAGUUAUUUAUGUUUCUAUCUGCUUCAUUUGUUCUGUGUUUCCUUUAUGGUUGCUUUGUAUGCUUUUUGUACCAUUUGUUCCAUUGGCAAACCGCAACUGAUGCCAAACAUACCAAAUUUUAAGGGCCACUCAUACUAACUUGCACAUGUCCAAGAACCAGUUCUCAACCACCACUCAUCUCCCCCCUACCCCUGAGAAAAGAAACAAAGGAGUUUACAAACCAUUCAGUAUACAACCACUUUAAUGUCUAGAGCUCAAACAAAAAAUACCACACUGUUACUAAACAACCUUACAUGUGCUAUAUGAUAACACUGUUUCAUGAUCUGCUAAGUUUCAAACCCUAUGUUUCUCUCCACAUUGAAUCAGAGGACUCACACACAAGCACACUGACUGACAAGCACAUUGAUGAAUUUUUAUUUAUUUUUUUAGAUAUUUUUCAGAGUUAGGAAUAGCAAAAGCAAGUCAAACAAUGUCAAGAAUACUGAACUUUUUGUUGUAAAAAAUACAUACAUACAGGCAUCAGCGAUACAAUUCCAUAGAUGAAUUUUUAGAUGACGUUUCCCUACCCAAGAUGAACCCAAACCAAGCCAAGCUAACUCCCUGAAUUUCCCAAUAACCUCAGAUUAAAAUGAUCUUCGCAAUUAAAUCACUACGAGCCAAUAAAGCCAUUAGAUGGAUUCACAAACUUGUAUUCCGCAAGUUUGCAGAUGUUCUUGUACCUUACCUGACAGACCUGUUUAACCCAUUUUGAACAUCAAGCCAGAUCCCCAAAGAAAUGUUAAUGGCAUUAAUUAUCACCCUCCCAAACCCGGGCAAGCCAAUUAAAGGAUGGGGUAAUUUACACCCUGUAUCUCUUUUAAUUGCACACGUGAAACUUAAUGUUUGGCCCCUCGAUUGAACCAAAUCCUACCUUUGCUGGCCUUGGCUGAACUGGCAGGCUUUGUUCUGCACAGACAAGUGUCUGACAAUACUAGUAGUGUGCUCAAUCUCACUAACGUAAUCAGACAAAAAAUAUCCAAAGCCUGUAAGUCUCUUUGGAUGCUGAAAAAGUGUUUGAUUCUAUCACCUGGAACUAUGUGAAGAAAGCAUUACCCAUUUGCAUACCCCAAAUCCCUAUGCAUAUUUAGACAAGUGGAGUUUUUUUGUUUCACUCCAAUGGCCAUUAGGUGUAAGUCCACAAACUAAUAAUUCACUUAGCUUCAGACAAAAAAAUCUCUAAUGAUAUAAAGGGGUAUUUUUCUCUCUACCCCUACAUACUUAUUAACCCCAAUAGGGUUAAGCAUAUCUGACCUUCCCCAGACCUUUAUAACUUCGAUCCUAUGCUUAUUCUGUGCCCCAUUAGCCAAAGCCAUGAUUGCAGGCUUUUAUCGCACAUCUUCCCAUUUACAAAUGGUACCAGACAGGGCUGCCACCUUUCCCUCUAAAUUUCAUCCUUGCCUUGGAACGGCUAAUAUUUAAAAUAAAGCACUCCAUUUUCUUCAUAGCCACACUGGCAAAUUAUACAAGUAAUUUUGCUUUUUGCAGACAAUGUUUUGGUCACCCUAACUAAGCCAACUAGCUCCUUACCAUCACAACUAGAAAUUUUAGAAUCAUUUGGAGCAGUUUUCAUAUUAUCGCAAUAAUGUGACCAAAACACAAGCUCUUCUCAUAAAUUUAACUAAACACAGUGACAAUUCUCCUAGAGAAAUUCCCAUUCGAUUGGUGUUCUUUCACCUAGUCUUACAUAGGCGCAAAACUUACUGCACCCCACAACUCCCCCAUUACAGAGAACCACUCAAAACUCCUCACCAAACUGCAUAUCCUGUAUGUCCAAUGGUCUAAAGUAGAACUCUCCUGAUUCGAUUGUAUACACACAACCAAGAUGAAUGCUCUCCCACUCAUUUUAUACUUAUUUCUGGCACUGCCAAAUAGCCUACCCCCCAUUGUUGACCCAGAGUUUCCAAUCACAAAUGAACACAUUCAUCUGAAAAAGACAACCACUGAGGGUGAGUCAUCACAUUAUCUGAACCAGUUCCAGGGGAGGCAACUUAGGAGUACCAGACUUGUGACUUUACUGUUACGCCUCCAUAACUGCUCAGGAAUUGUUCUGUAUUUUGCACAUUGUUGCUACUCUCCAUUACUGAUAACGUUUUAGCGGUGGUAAUAUAAGGAAGGACACAGGCACAAAAGGAAUAAGAGUUUAUGAGACUCUCAAAUAAUUUAUUAGAGCGAUACAAGAGAAUGAGGGGGUGAGUAGCAGAGCCAGAUUGCUCAUAAGACUGAAUAGGUGGCCGUCUUGGGCCAAGGUCUGGCGCUCUGGCUCAGGCUGUGAGGAGCCUUUCUUGAUCUGGCAAGGAGAUCAAAAAUCUCCCUCCUUGGCCCUUUGCCCCCACACCUGCUUGAUAGAGUUGGAUCUGCACCAAUAUCAGAUGCAAAUCCCUUUAAGAGCUCUGUCGCUUUCUCUGAAGACUUCUCAGUGACUCCGAGUACUGCAGCCAGUGAGUGAGUGUCAAAGGCGAGGGAAGUUUUUAAAGUGAUCUGUAACUGAUAUUAGUGCAGAACACAAUGCUCCUCUCCCCUCCCCCCUGGACCACCAGGGAAAGGUAAGCAAGAGCGGGCAAUACACACACUCUGACACUACUGUGGUGGAGCUCCCAUACAGUGUACCACCACCAAAUCCGCUUUCUAGGACACUGGAACCCUUCAGCCCCAGUUGCCAAAGCUUUACUGGGGUCUCUCUGGAACUCUUCUUUCUUACUAGGCUGCAUCUCUCUUCUACCAAGUAGGUAUCGUCCCCUCUGGCUUUACCUCCUCAGGUCCACACCUCUGCCUGCACUGUGACCAGCUAAUGCCUUUACAAAGGCACUUGUGGCUCUCCGGCCUAGCUUUCUUUUUACUUUGUCCUGGGCUACAGGAAUCACUCAGCCAGCCAACAGUUACAACAACUCUGUUACUGGGAUCCCUGAACAAAUCCACACAGAACACACACCGUUUUAAAUGGAAUUAACACACCCAGCUUUAUUUUAACCCAGAACUAGCCCAUAUGUGCAUAACCUAUAUGACAAACUCAAUAUAAUACAAAUAACCAAAUCAUAUCGAAAAACAUAUAGAAUAUUAUAAUAGCCUAUUCAUAAAGCGGUGGGGAAAACAGUAACUAACACAAAAUAUUUCUCCUGCGUGCAGAAUUCAAAAUAAGCAAGUCUACCUGAAUAUGCACAUUAACAAGUCUUGCUAUUCAGCUAGUGCACUCACAAUGGGCACAGGGUGACUUAAACAUAGGAGUUAUUCAUGGAUCUAAUUCAAGUGUCCAUCUUAUGCUCCCAGUGAUGGUGACUACUGUCGCAUGACAUACAUACAACACUUGGUCACACUCAAACUACCUUACACACACACAACACACAAAUGCUUAAACUCCACCACACACAACACUCCACCAGUGCACACAGACAGGCAAACGUAGCCUUGCACAUGCAGCUCUCAUCCUCCUUCAUACACACUACACCCCUUCUCACACAGAUAAAACAUUCAGUCUCCCCUCAACCCCCCCACACACAUCACUCACAGAACGGAGCCCAGUGUUCUAGGAGAGAGACCCAAUCUGGCAUCCUACCUAGGAUACUGUCUGUGGGGCCGUAUAACCAAGGUAUGCAUCUGCAUCUCAGUAAACUCUUAUAUUGUUAUUACUGUGGAGAGAGAAUGAGGAACUGUUACUUCCAAUUUAAGGAAUGACCUGUGUAAUGAUCAGGCCCAGAUAUGACCAUCAUAUUUUUUGCCUGGUUCAUAAUCAUUCAUCUGGAAAUCCUCACAAUAUCUGAAUAGCUUACUCAAUCGGUUUUCCUGCUUCCUACACCUCUCCCAUCCAUCAAUUCAUUUUCAGCACUUUAUUUGCGGUUCUACAUUCUUUGCGGUAGUAACAUUACUGCAGAUUUGUGAUUUCUGUGGGAAAAGCAAUGGUUUGUGGCUUGACUGGUGUGCAGAUUUCGUUUAACAUUGUAUUAACUAUUCAAAAAAUAAAGCGAGUUUAGAUGUCUACUGCCAUAGCAUUCGACAAAUCUGAAAUAAUCUUUAAAUCUCUCGAAAAGAUCCACCUCUCUAGUUACAAAAAACUGUAACAUUAACAACUGCAUUAAAUACAUGUUAUCGUUCUAUCACUCCGUUGGUAAUUAAAAAAAGAAUAAUUUUGUGUUCGUCCUGGAAAAACAUUAAGUAAAAAAACAAACACUAUUGACUGCCUAAAGGAAGUUAACCUGCAUGCAGGUAUCAUGUGCGUUUUAAAGAUUAAUUGUGAUACGGACUUUGUAUUUACUGAAGUGCAUUUCAAAUUGAGCAGUAGCUAAAAUGAAAUCAUAGCUGACAGAAAUUCCUUCCAUUGUCGCUAUUUUGACCGUAAAUGUGAAAAUCCGUUUGAAUUCACCAUGAAUUCUCACAUUAUUGGAUAUUCCUAUUAGUGUAAUCUAGUUUAUGAUAUAUUGCUGUGGCUCAUGUCUUUGUUUUUUUUAAUCUAUAGGAUCAGCCAUUGCUUACUCGACAUAUGUGUUUCCGGAUCGGUGGGUGAAUAGCCUUUUCCAUCAGUGGUUUGUGACGUGUGCUGUGCUGAAUACCAUUAUCUGCACUGGGAUGGCCUGUUACUCUAGGUAAGACUGGGAUGCACAGCCAUGGCAGUGGAACAUAGAUUUUGCUUGGAUUAUUUUGAGAGGUUUAUUCCUGCACAGAAAUGGUCACUGUGUCGUACUUUAAUUUGAAUGUUGUCAGAUUCUGCACCUCUUUCUUCAGUUUAUCCCCUGGGCUAUGCUCGUGGCUGCCAAAUGUUAGUAUGUAGUAUAACACGAUCUACCCCACCACACUGUCUUUAUAAUCUCUGCUGGGCAAGGUCUGAAUGUUAUAAGUAAGGUUGGGAUUAUAGACUUUGCUAUAGCACUACAUGUUAAAUCAGUUAAUGUUUGGGUUACGAUUAGGACCUUGGUUAAAUUGAGAUAAUGUGAGAGUCAAGUUUACAUGUUGUGUUUGGAGAUGCAGUUACAUCUCAGAUUUGGGUUAGAAUCUGAUUUGGGAUUAGAUUAGAUUUAGCACUAACCAAGGUUUUUAUGCAACAUUCCAGACUGUGUAAAUCAUUGAGAUUCUCAGGGGACAGUAAGUGUUGGGGCAAAUUGGAGAAGUGUGCAUAAUUAUACCAUACUCGUACAUUGGUUCACCCCUGAGAUCCUCAUUAGAUUUAUGCUUAAUUAUUUAAUUGGACCAUGAAGUGUUUGAAAAAGGUAUUGCCUGUAUAAAUAACAAUAGCAAGAAGUGGUCUAUGUAGCACUUUGCAAAGGCCAAUGGAAGUUUUGCAUGCCAGAGUAUUGUAAUACAAAGUGAAUGAUGGCUGUGAACUCCGAAGGUCAUCCAAAUCUUUGCUAUCUCUGACACUUAUUUACCAUCAACAACUUCUUAGAAUCCAGAUAAUAAAUCGGUAUUUAGUAAAUAUCCCCAUCAGUAUCUUUAUAGGUCUACUGUAUGUUUCCAAUACAAAUUUAGCCAUAUCGAAGAAUAGCCCACGGAAAGAAAACGCAUCUAUACAUCUGAAAACCAUUAACUACGUUACCAUGAUGUUCUUCCUACAAUUCAUGCUUUAGUGAAUAACCCUGAAUGUUAAAAGGAAUACUCCAAGCACCAUAACCACUACAGUGUGGACUGAUCUUUCAUUGGCUCUCCUAAGCUAAAGCUGAGCCUUGCAAGACCAGCUCAUUGGCUGAUAGAAUUGGUAUACCAUGCCCAGUGUUAUUGUGCAAACUUUAUACAUACAUUUGUCAUUGGGUUAUUCCAACAGUUCAGAGCAUUGCGGCUCUCAAUGGACAAGCGGGCGGAUCCCAGGUAAGUUGUCAAACAUGGGGGAGACGUGCGUAAUGAGAUUACUAGCACCAUAACCACUACAAUUUGAUGUGGUUAUGGUGCUCAGAGUGCUCCUUUUAAGUGUAAGCAGCCAUGCCCUUUUUCUACAAUGGUACAGGUCCAUUCCUUUUGGUUUGGUUUGUGUUUGAUGUUUUUGUUGGGCUUACUAGGUGUACUUGGGUCCUUUGGAAACCUGUAUGGUUUCUGAUAUCUUACUUCGAUAACUGUCCCCAACAGGCUGGGAGCUCCCUUUCUGCAUUAUAACCAGCUUCUGAUAGAAAGGUAAAAUGUGAUCAGGAAGCUGGUGAGACUUUAUCUUGGCCUCUAGGCUGUGACUACUAACCAUACUUGAUCUAAAUGUGACAUUGAUAAUCUGCUUGACAUCCAGUUCAUUCACCCGUAGGAUAUUAAAUUAGAUCAUUCUUUAAAAAUCUGCUUGCUAAAUCAAAACCCAUGAACUUCUUCUAAUUUGCUUCAGCAGAAUGAAUGUACUUUGUGAGGGAUUGACUGGGAACUGUAAUUCUGGAAACCUUUUAAAAUGGAUUUAAAUUGGAUUUUCUAUUAGAUUUUAAUUAAAUUAUUUUUUCUAUUAGAUUUUAAAAACAUACUCAAAGUAAUGAAGGUGUAAAAACGUGUUCUAAAGUUAAAAAAGGGAAUUUCUUGUAUGCAAAGGUAUUUAUCUCCAGAUGCAUCACUUGGUAGGAGCUGGUUGGCAACAGUUACAGUUUAAGAGAAUUAUAUAAGGAACAGAAAUAAAUCAAUAUCCUGUCUCAUCCCAUAUACAGGGAGUGCAGAAUUAUUAGGCAAGUUGUAUUUUUGAGGAUUAAUUUUAUUAUUGAACAACAACCAUGUUCUCAAUGAACCCAAAAAACUCAUUAAUAUCAAAGCUGAAUAUUUUUGGAAGUAGUUUUUAGUUUGUUUUUAGUUAUAGCUAUGUUAGGGGGAUAUCUGUGUGUGCAGGUGACUAUUACUGUGCAUAAUUAUUAGGCAACUUAACAAAAAACAAAUAUAUACCCAUUUCAAUUAUUUAUUAUUACCAGUGAAACCAAUAUAACAUCUCAACAUUCACAAAUAUACAUUUCUGACAUUCAAAAACAAAACAAAAACAAAUCAGUGACCAAUAUAGCCACCUUUCUUUGCAAGGACACUCAAAAGCCUGCCAUCCAUGGAUUCUGUCAGUGUUUUGAUCUGUUCACCAUCAACAUUGCGUGCAGCAGCAACCACAGCCUCCCAGACACUGUUCAGAGAGGUGUACUGUUUUCCCUCCUUGUAAAUCUCACAUUUGAUGAUGGACCACAGGUUCUCAAUGGGGUUCAGAUCAGGUGAACAAGGAGGCCAUGUCAUUAGAUUUUCUUCUUUUAUACCCUUUCUUGCCAGCCACGCUGUGGAGUACUUGGACGCGUGUGAUGGAGCAUUGUCCUGCAUGAAAAUCAUGUUUUUCUUGAAGGAUGCAGACUUCUUCCUGUACCACUGCUUGAAGAAGGUGUCUUCCAGGAACUGGCAGUAGGACUGGGAGUUGAGCUUGACUCCAUCCUCAACCCGAAAAGGCCCCACAAGCUCAUCUUUGAUGAUACCAGCCCAAACCAGUACUACACCUCCACCUUGCUGGCGUCUGAGUCGGACUGGAGCUCUCUGCCCUUUACCAAUCCAGCCACGGGCCCAUCCAUCUGGCCCAUCAAGACUCACUCUCAUUUCAUCAGUCCAUAAAACCUUAGAAAAAUCAGUCUUGAGAUAUUUCUUGGCCCAGUCUUGACGUUUCAGCUUGUGUGUCUUGUUCAGUGGUGGUCGUCUUUCAGCCUUUCUUACCUUGGCCAUGUCUCUGAGUAUUGCACACCUUGUGCUUUUGGGCACUCCAGUGAUGUUGCAGCUCUGAAAUAUGGCCAAACUGGUGGCAAGUGGCAUCGUGGCAGCUGCACGCUUGACUUUUCUCAGUUCAUGGGCAGUUAUUUUGCGCCUUGGUUUUUCCACACGCUUCUUGCGACCCUGUUGACUAUUUUGAAUGAAACGCUUGAUUGUUCGAUGAUCACGCUUCAGAAGCUUUGCAAUUUUAAGAGUGCUGCAUCCCUCUGCAAGAUAUCUCACUAUUUUUGACUUUUCUGAGCCUGUCAAGUCCUUCUUUUGACCCAUUUUGCCAAAGGAAAGGAAGUUGCCUAAUAAUUAUGCACACCUGAUAUAGGGUGUUGAUGUCAUUAGACCACACCCCUUCUCAUUACAGAGAUGCACAUCACCUAAUAUGCUUAAUUGGUAGUAGGCUUUCGAGCCUAUACAGCUUGGAGUAAGACAACAUGCAUAAAGAGGAUGAUGUGGUCAAAAUACUCAUUUGCCUAAUAAUUCUGCACUCCCUGUAUAUGUAGACCCCACUCAAUAUCCAUGGCUGGUGGUGAGAGGGACACGUGGCAGUUCACCCCCCCUGGCCGGCCUUAUGGCGCCAGUGAGGGGGGGCGCAAAAAUACUCUGCCUGGUAACUCGUAUUUUUAAAAUCACUGCAGCCUACAUUGCUCUCCCUGCAGCCAGCAGCUCGGCAGUGAAGUCAGCCAGCUCCUUCUGAUGAUGUCAGAGGGUGGGUGUGACUUUACUGCUCUUUUCCCCAGCGGAAGCUCUAGCUCUUACACCAUCGUGCAGGCUCCAGCUCCAGGCUGUCCCACCACCAGAGAUAAGGCUGCCCUCUGCCCAAGGUAAGCCUCAGGAAGGGGGGAAUACUUUGUAGUGUGUUUAUUUUAAUCAAAAAUACCUCUAUAGCCCCUGUCCGCCCCUCUAUAGCCCCUGUGCCCCUUCUACUUCACCUGUAUCCCCCUACUACCACUGUGCCCCCUUAUGGCACUUGUGCCCCCUCUACUCCACCUGUACCCAUUUAAAGCCCAUGUGCACCCCCCACUGCCCCUCUUUAGUAGAUGCACCCUGAGCUACAUGUCAAGUGUGGGGGCAUAAAGGAGAGUUUUGGACUUCCAAUAGUUUUAUAGUCUUUUUUAAAAAAAAUAAAAAAUGAUUUGACUGGAUUUGGGGUUGGUAAAUAUGAGAAUAGCAAAUCGGGUUCAAAUCCAGUCAUUUCACCAAAUUUUGUCCACCUGGACAAAAUUCGGUGCUUAAGGGACAAUAUAAGCACCCAGACAAUUUCGUCUCAUUGAAGUAGUCUGGAUCCAGUGUCCCUGUUCCCUUAAAUCUGCAAUGUAAAACAACUGCAGUUUUAGAGAAACUGCAAUAUUUACAAUGCAGUGUCAAGACUGCCUCUAGUCACUGUCUACCAGAGAGCCACUAGAGGUGCUUCCUGCAAUUUGAAGAAGUGUGACUCCUUGGCUUUGCAUGAGGACGUCCAGCAUCUUUAAAAUCUCCAUAGGGAAGCAUUGAGUCAAUGGGGAAGGCCUAAUGCGCCCAUGGCACUUGCCGCGUAUGCGCAUCAGGUUCCCCAUAUACUGAAGUUGGAGAAGGUGGACCUCGGCACUGGAAUUAGGUGAAAUGUUUACAAUGGUUAUUUAACCCUUUACAAAGCUGGGGCUGAGGGAUAUUCUAGUAUUAGGAAUACAGCUUUGUAUCCUAGCACUAUAGUUUUCCUUUAGUGAGUAACCCCCGUAAUGUAUACUUUGGAGGUCUUUCUCUUCUUCCCAAGAAAGCAAACUAAUUCUCUAAACUCAUCCAGAGUGCCAUUUAUUAUUUUCUGACUUUAUCACCAGUACCAAUGUAGAUCAUCUCCACGCCUCUCUUAAUAAUCUAUUCACUAUAUCAAAGACAUAAUCAAACAGGCUACUUGAAAUUUGGCUAAAUUAGUUUAAAUACUCAGUGCGGAAUAUCAAUCUGUCUUUUCUUUAAAUUAUCUCAGUAACUGAGACCCCUAACAACAAAGAAACGAUGCGUCCUGUCUGUUACCCAGUUACGUACCUAGUCCUCCUCUGAUAUAGGGAGAAAAAAUGUACACCUUAGAACAAGGGUAGUUUGAAACACUUUACACAUGUGUUCCUGUACAAACAUGUGGUGUGUUUGAAUAAAGCUGUUCAAAUAAUUAUCUGUUAAAAGGUACAGUUUUUUUUUCUUCUUGUUGGAGUGCCCUUUGGCGAUCUGACAAGUAAAGUUUUAAUAACUUUUAUAACUUUAUUUUUCUUCUUUGUUAAUGGUAUUGCCAGAGUUUACGUAGUGAUGCCACAGCAUAACAGGUGAAUAAUUAUACAAUCGACUUUUCAACACUUACAAAUUUAAGCUAUUUUGGGAGGAUCAAACCAAAUAAUAAUCCUAUUGAAAUCCAUUUUAAUGCCAGUGGCAACGCUAUAAAAUGUUGAAGAAUGAAAGGGAUGAACAUUUUUGCAAAGUAAUUCCUGUUGCUUUCUAGUCGUGCAGUUUUAAAUAUCAAUAUCUUUGUCAAUAAAUUCUCUGUGCUGUCUGCUCAAUGCCUAAUCAUACUUCCCAAGAGCUUAAACACGAUCUGUCUUUGCAGGUUCCCGGAAGUGGCGCGUCCACGGUUCAGUAAGGUUUUGCGCACAACAGCUUUUGGAUAUCCAUACUUUUUUGACACAAUCCCCUUGUUCUACAGGGUAUGAAGCUGUGAGCAAAUUGAAAACUGUGGUGAAGACACUAAGAUACAUUGGUGAUGCAUCAAAUCAGCUAGUCGCUGUAGAGUGUGUGUGUGUGUGAUAUAUAUAUAUAUAUAUAUGUGUGUGUGUGUGUGAAAUGCAUUUAAAGACCUUGUUCAGAGUAUAAACCGGGCACAAAUUUCCAUUAGCAAUUGGUGAGUGAAAGUUCACUCCUGGACUCUCCAGACUUGCAGUGGCAAGUAGCGUAUAAGCCUGUUGAGUAGCAUAGGACCUGGAGUUUUCGGCCCUGGAAGCAUGCAGUAAAUGCCAUUGGUUCCCAACCCACACACAUACACCAUUCUGCCAUUCUGGGGUCAAGAAGGAUGCUUUUCAAAAGCAAAAUUGGUGUUUUCAACUGGUUUUUGCCUUCUUUAGGAUCAAUAGAACAUAUCUUUGUCAGAAGCUCAAGGAAGCAAGGUGAAGGGUCAGAGUAGGACCCGUCUAGGGGAGGGGUCUGCCUUGAUGUUGGCAGGCGGGCAUACCCUCCAGUGGCCACUGGAGUAACUAAAUGACCUCCAUUUGUUUAAAUAUACAUAGGGAUUAAGGAGAGAGGGCAGGUAAGUUUUUUUUUUUUUUUUUUUUUCAAUAGGAAAAACAGAUGUGAGAAAGGCUGAACUUGAUGGACACAUGUCUCUUCUCAGCUAUAUAACUAUGUAACACACAAAGUCCCAAUUAUUAGUUGACUAUGGUAGCGAAGAUAUGACAUGGUCCACCGAUGUACCUUGAGGAAUGGGUUGGGAACCACUGGAAUAUGCAACACAGGAUAAUUGCCAUUUUUACUAAUCUCAAAUAUGGGCUGAUUUGCCAAAUAGAUGCCGACACAGUGGGUUUUGUGCUAGGGCGUUUCUAGUGAUUGCUCCACCUUUACAUGUGUCCUAUGUAACGGUUUGUACAUAACUGACUGGCAAAGUAGGUAAUCCCUAGUAUUAUUGAAAUUUAUAUUAAACAGAUCAUUAAGUGCUAACUAAGCAUAAAUCGUUUUUGGAUUCACUUACUAAGCAGUGAAUUGGAGUGAACUGAAAAUCAAAAUGCAGUUUUUAAGACAAAUAAACUUUCAAUUGAUUUGCCAACUUGGCUAUUUUGUCGUAAACUUUGCAAAUAGUUUUUGAGUUCACUUCAGGUGAACACCAUAGAGCUAUCCAAUACUGAUCAUUGUGCUCUGCUUUUUAUGGUGUGCUUUUUGUUUUACCUUGCCAGUUGUUUACUUUAAACAGAAGAUUAGAGUUCUGCUGCUGUUCCAGUAAGACAUGGAUCUAAUGUUCUAUCAGGUUUUGCUGUAGAUUUAAUCUCUUAUCUAUAUCUAUACAGCUGUUCCUGUGCUCAGGUAGUGACUGCACACAGAAUGCUACGGUAACCUUGCACAUUGGGCACACUUUUCUGGCAUUACUCACUGGUUUUCUCUUUGCCACCCAUCUCCCAGAGAGACUGGCCCCUGGACGCUUUGAUUAUGUGGGUGAGUGAUUGCAGCCGAUUAUAAUAUCCUUUGCUUGUGGAAUCUCAUCCUGCCCUCUUCUGAACUUUCUUUAGGGUAUUCACAUCCCAAUUUCCUCCAAUACUUAAAAAUCAUAAUGAGUCCAAUUUGCACAGCACAUCUCAAGAUGAACUGUUUACCAUAUUAUAGUGCCCUAUGACGUUAUAAUCACUGUCAAACAAUAUGAACAUUAUCAACAUUCAGCAGCCACCUCUGUCAUUGGUCAUGGGUUUCCCAGCCUGGCACUAAAUAUUAGGAUAAUAAAAAAAUUUGCGGCUAAUAUUUAGGAUAAUUUAAAUUAUUGUAAGAUUGUCUGUUUUAAUCUCCCAGGCAUUAAUUCCAGGUAUGAGCAAUAAGCAUGGAAUUCUAAAUAGAAUAUUGUCACUCAUAGCUAUGAAUUGGAGAAUAUCCUACAUCUGCAGAGACUAUAAGCACAUGACUAAGUAGUGUUUGUAUUUUCUUUCUUUUGCGCAGGUCAUAGUCACCAGCUUUUCCAUGUGUGCGCUAUCUUGGGCACUUACAUCCAGAUGGAAGCGCUUAUUAUGGACAUGAAUCUGCGUCGGAGCUGGUUUGAGAAAAAUGACACCUUGCCUUCCUUAUCCAGCACCUUGGGAGCAUGGAGCUUGGCCCUGGCCCUCAGUCUCCUGCUGGUCAUUGGAUUCUCAUGGGCUCUGUACUGGAAACCAGAGCCAGAGAAAAAAAAGAGACGCAUGUGA